CGGCCGACGGAGCCCUACCAAUGCAUCCAGCAGACCGAUGACUGUGUGUGUCUCCCAAGUCUGCUCAUAGUAACACUCAUCAGCAGCGACAAUGAUCUCCGACAACUCCCUCUACACCCUCGCCGUCUUCCUCGGCAGCGCCGCCAUGCUACUCAUCGUCCUCUACCACUUCCUCGAGAUCAACGCCAAAGACGAUAUGAAAGCCGCGCCCGUUGUCAGCAACGAGCGGAAAGCCGAUGCGCUGCCGGCCAAGGCGAGAUGAGAGCAAGCUGAACAGGCUCCGGAGUGCUGCGUAUGCAGAUCGUUGGUGGGCCUAAUCAAGCAAUGGCUGUGGCUAUGGUUGUGCGCGGUGAAAGAGGGAGAGGCCAUGCGACGGCAGAUACACGCACGCGAUGGUUUGGGAGCUGAGGCAUGCGCCGCAGGAAGGCCGAGCAAGCGAGUAGAUUCAUGGCCGGAAACCAACCGAGAUCCGCUA